GAAGAGGGAACUGGAGAGGCAGGGGAAGAGGAAGUUGGAGAGGUGGGGGAAUGAUGCCACCAUCCACCCCACAUGAGGUGUCUCAGAACUCACAGGCUGGUGGUGUGUCAAGACCAAGAAUGUCCCAACAGUACAUCACCUCAAUGCUGCCUCAGGUGCCUACUCCAUAUAAGGGAUGGCAGCUUUACAUGAAUGAAGGAUAUAGUGAGGGAUCUGAAACUGUAACCUUCAUUAAAGCUUUUGAAAAAUAUCUCCUUGAGCUUCAGCCCUCACUAAUGCGUGAAGACAUUGAGGAACGACGGUCCUUCACAGUGGACCUUAAAAUGCUUUUUCACCAUAAGGUGAUAAUGGAAGAAAUCCCAGAAAUAUCAGAUUUAGUGAUUAAUACUCCAGACAGGAUGAUCAGUUGCCUUGGUCUUGCUAUGCACCAGCUAUUGACGGAAGAAGUGGAAGCAGAACUAAGACAGGAAGCAGCUGAAGUGUUGGGUGGAGGGGUGGAAGGCUUGGAUGACACUGCCAUAGAUUCCUAUGUUCCCGAGGCUAAUCUACCAAUGAUUCAUGCUCGACUCACCAACCAUACUAAGCUGACACAACUCAAGAAUCUUAAAGCUAGUUACUAUGGAAAACUUGUGAGUGUUAAAGGAACAGUUGUGCGCAUAAGCAGCAUCAAGCCAUUGUGUACCAGACUGGCCUUCACGUGCAUGGGAUGUGGAGCUGUGCAUGGAGUUACCCAGACUGAAGGACGUUAUACUCUGCCUGUAUCUUGCCCCAUCCAGAGUUGCCGGGGUAAAUCAUUUGUACCGGACCGCUCCCACAAACUAACACAUACGGUGGACUGGCAGAGCUUUAGAAUUCAAGAGAUUAUGAGUGAUGAUCAGGGGGAAGGUGGUCGUGUUCCUCGUACAGUUGAAUGUGAAAUUAGAGAAGAUCUUGUUGACUGCUGUGUCCCCGGGGAUAUGAUCACCAUUACAGGCAUUGUCAAGGAGAUCCAAGCGGAGUCAAAUCUCUUCAAACUGCUGGUAGGAUCGCUCUGCCCAGCAAUAUAUGGACAUGAGCUUGUAAAAGCUGGUUUGAUUCUUUGUCUAUUUGGAGGUUGUUCCAAAUCUGGCCAUAAUGUUGUUCCCAUCAGAGGAGACCCCCACAUUCUUGUGGUGGGUGAUCCAGGCUUAGGGAAAAGUCAGAUGCUGCAGGCUUGUGCUAAUGUUGCACCUAGAGGUGUGUAUGUUUGUGGGAACACAACCACGACAGCAGGCUUGACAGUGACUCUGUGUCGUGAGGGUGGCUCUGGAGAUUAUUCACUGGAGGGAGGGGCCUUAGUCUUAGCUGACCAGGGAGCUUGUUGUAUUGAUGAGUUUGAUAAAAUGGGUAACCAGCAUCAGGCACUGCUAGAAGCCAUGGAACAACAGAGCAUUAGCAUAGCUAAGGCAGGAAUUGUGUGCUCUCUCCCAGCUAGAGUCUCCAUACUUGCUGCUGCCAAUCCUAUUGGUGGCCAUUAUAACAAAGCCAAAACGGUUUCAGAGAAUUUGAGGAUGAAGGGUGCACUUCUUUCGAGAUUUGACUUGGUUUUCAUACUAUUGGAUAAACCUGAUGAGGAAUUGGACAAUCUGUUAUCCGAGCAUGUGAUGGCUCUCCACAGCAACAAAGCAGGAAGGGCUCAACUACCUGGAGGAGUGAGGGUCAGUAGACAAGAUUUGCUGGACACAGUGUCAAGUAUCACUGAUAGAGAAAAACCUCUAAGUGAACAACUCAAGUACUGUAGUAAUGAAGUCUUUGACCCUAUACCCCAUCAGUUGAUGCGCAAGUACAUUUGUUAUUCACGGAAAUAUGUACAGCCGCGGAUCACUCCUGGAGCAGCAAAGAUACUGCAGAAGUUUUAUUUAGACCUUCGACAUCGUUACCAGGAUAACAAUUCAGUGCCCAUCACAACACGACAGUUGGAAUCACUUAUUAGAUUAACAGAAGCACGAGCAAGAUGUGAGAUGCGUGAAGAAGCUACUGAAGAUGAUGCCUGCGAUGUUGUGGAGGUGAUGCGUUGCUCAAUGAUGGACACUUUUUCAGAUGAAUUUGGCCUCCUUGAUUUCCAGAGAUCUCACCAUGGUUCAGGAUCUAGUAGCAGAGGGCAGAUGAAAAAGUUUGUUUCAGCUCUUCAGAAGAUGUCAGAUAACACUUACAAAUCCAUGUACAGUGUUGACGAGAUGAGGAGUAUAGCCCGUCAGGCAAACAUACAGGUUCGAGACUUUGGGGACUUCAUUGCCAGUCUCAACCACCAAGGUUAUUUGCUGAAGAAAGGUCGUAAUGUUUAUCAGCUAAUGACAGCGGAUUACUAGUAUGAAAAUUAUGUGAACAAUCAAAUCUUCCAUAUGCAGGGUUUUCAAAAAGCUCAAUAGCAGUUGGUGGCACUGGGAAAGUUGAAAGACAAAUACUAGCAAGGGAUUCAGGGUGAAUGUGCCUUGUGAUGACACAAAUAUUUAAAUACAGUAUUAGAAAUUGGGUCUGAAAGUAUAGUAUGCACCUCCUUGAAUAUCAGAUGCUAACUGUACAGCCCCCUCCCCCCAAGUUUGCAGAUUUUUAUUUCAUGAUCCUCUAUUGUUUACAGAUGAUACUGGAUGUAUCCCGUCAUUUUUACGGCUGAGACAGUGAGCCAUUCGUUCUCGAGACAUUAAUUUCCUUUACCUGUACAAGUAUUGUAAAUAUAUGUGUGUCUGUGUGUAGACACACACACACACGCAAAACACAUACCAAUAAAUAAUAAUUGGAUAAUACUCUCACAAGUAAUUGGAAAAAAUUAUUAAAAAAUGUGUCUCCUUAUCCCCCCACCCCCCCCCACUCCUCCUGGCCAGGGAAGUUUCUAGAGCACGGGUGGGCAAUUACUUUUUGAUGGAGGGCCACUUCAUGAAUGGUGGCACACAUCGCAGGCCACACAUUUAAUGUAGAUACAAAUGUAUUAUAUUAACACAAAGUAAAGCCUUGUAUUUGUAAAUACAAAUGCAGUGGUGGGCCACAGAAAUAAUUUGGCGGGCCAAAUGUGGCCCGCAGGCCGUACUUUGCCCACCCCUGUUCUAGAGGGUCAUGUACGUAUAGUUUUCAACUUUUUUUGUUUUUAAUUUAAAAAUGUUAAAAAUAUUGGGGGAGAAAAGUUGAUUUUUCUCCAACUACUCCUGGGUGUGGGGUACUGCCAGUGGCACACUAACCCCAGGCUUAAGGGUUAACUUACAAUAAAAGAAACAAAAUGUUUUGUAAAUUUUUCCUAAUUUGACGAUUGUACUGAAAACAAAAUAAACUAUUAAAAUUAAAAAUUGUGCCAUUUUUCCCUACAUUCUGUGUAAACAAGAGUGGUGCUGGGGACUCUUCUGAGCCUUUAGACCUGUACCUCUAUCCCACAAUGAUUACUGUCAAGAGAGGUAACCUUCAAGCAACUUCUAAUUCCAGGUUAGGGAAGGGGUAAAUAAGUACUGUACAGUAAUGUGUAAACAACUGUUUAUUAAGGUUUGUUACAUAUUUAAUGAUAAGUUUUACUCUUACAGUUUUUACAAUAAUUAUGUACAAAAAAUACACAUACAUUGUAUUGUCAGCCUGCUAGUAUAACUGCCUAACUCAUUUUUCAGUAAAAUCGAGUUAUAUGCCUAACUCCUCUUUCCAUCAGCAGGUGCAACUGAUACAACCAAACUACACCCUGUAUGUGGUUUGCCCAUUCUAUGCCAGACAGCUGCCAACUGAACUAUUUUCACCUCAAAUUUGUAUUACAAUAAAUAUGUUAGUCACUUCCUGAUUGAUUUGAUUGCUAAUUAAUCCCUUCACUGUGAUCUUUUACUUUUUUACUUUUAUCCUCUU